UGCCAUUCACACUACAUUUCUGGCUACCCUAUGUCCCGUCACACUGCACUAUGUUCCUUUCAGACUACCCCAUGUUCCCUUUCAGACUACCCUUUGUUCCUUUCAGACUACUCAAUGUUCCUUUCAGACUACUCCGGGUCCCCUUCACACUACUCGAUGUUCCCUUCAGACUACCCUGGGUCCCCUUCACACUACUCGAUGUUCCCUUCAGACUACCCUGGAUUCCCUUCACACGCCCCUAUGUUCCUUUCAGUCUACCCUUUGUUCCCUUCACACUACGCUAUGCACCCUUCACACUACUAUACCCUUCAUACUAUCUCUUUAAAUAAUCUUCCAAAGUGGCCUACACCCAAAAAAGUUGGCGGAAAAUUUGACUGUAAAUAUGAUCGUUAUAUUCCUGAUCCAGAAAUCUUUGGCGAUGGAAGUCAACGAGAACGCCAAAAACACGUGUUUAUAUUAAAGAAUGGUGCUACUUUAUCUAAUUGUAUAAUUGGUGCAGCCCCUGGCACUCAAGGCUCUGCUGACGGAAUUCAAUGCAUUGGAAAUUGUAAUAUAACCAAUGUCUGGUUUGAGGAUGUUGGGGAAGAUGCUAUUACCUUCUAUGGCACCUCUGGAGAUCCUGUAUACAAUGUUAAAGGUGGUGGCGCAAGACAUGCAGCGGACAAAGUAUUUCAGUUUGAUGGGAAAGGAACAGCAAAUAUUGAAGAUUAUUAUGUAGAGGAUUAUGUCCGUCUUUUCCGCUGCUGUGGCAACUGCAAAACUGAAUAUGAACGUCAUGUAAAUAUUCGAAAUUUGACUGCGAUUGAUGGCAUGCCUGGUCAAUUUAUUGUUGGCAUAAAUGAGGGGGACGUUGCCCAUUUACACGAUAUAAAAAUAGAUACGGAAGGUGUCCAUGCAUGCAAACUAUUUAAACCAAAGGCUGGCGGGGAGCCUAAAUCCCUGGGGACUGGAAUUAAUGAAUAUUGUGAUUAUGAUGAGGCUGAAAUUAACUAUAUUCCUGCGAGGAGUACACAGAAGAAGAAGCAAAAGUGA